UAUCUGUUGGUUUUAACUUUCGUUUUGGGCUUGGUUAUUUCCAGGAUAUAUUGUGGAAAUAUUUGAAAGUUAUUUUUAGACCCAGCAACUGCAUCAGUUGCAGUGGUCUAGUGCGUAGUGGUUUUCUUUAACCAUGGCGGACGUGGACCCAGAGACCCUGCUGGAAUGGCUCCAGAUGGGGCAGGGAGAGGAGAGAGACAUGCAGCUGAUAGCCUUGGAACAGCUGUGUAUGCUUCUCCUGAUGUCCGACAAUGUGGACAGAGUCUUUGAAAGCUGUCCUCCAAGAACAUUUCUGCCUGCCCUCUGUCGAAUUUUUCUGGACGAAUGUGCCCCAGACAAUGUCCUGGAAGUCACAGCUAGGGCCAUCACUUAUUAUCUGGAUGUCUCGGCAGAAUGCACACGCCGCAUUGUUUGUGUAGAGGGCGCCAUCAAAUCUCUGUGCAACAGGCUGGUUGUAGUAGAUAUGGCUUCUAAAAAUAGCCGAGAUCUUGCAGAGCAGUGCAUUAAGGUGUUGGAGAGGAUUUGUACCCGCGAGUCCAGUGCCGUUUUUGAUGCUGGAGGACUAAACUGUGUCCUGACGUUUAUAACGGAAUAUGGAUCCCAGGUUCACAAGGACACACUACACUCCGCUAUGGCAGUGGUGUCUCGACUCUGUGGAAAGAUGGAGCCACAGGACGCAUCCCUAGAAACUUGUGUGGAGUCCCUGUCUACACUGCUUGAACACGAGGAUCAGUAUGUGGCCGAUGGGGCCCUGAGAUGUUUUGCCUCCCUCGCUGAUCGCUUCACUCGUAGAGGGGUAGAUCCAGCUCCUCUGGCUCAGCAUGGACUAAUAGACGAGUUACUCCAGCGGUUACAACAGGCUGGAGAGACCGGACCCAAUCAGUCUACGGCCAGUACUCCAGGGAAUGUUAGUCUACAGGAAGCUAAAUCUAGUCCUAGUAUCUCCACGGUGAUCAGCCUUCUGUCUACACUCUGUCGCGGUUCACCGACCAUUACUCACGAUCUACUCAGAUCAGAUCUUCCAGAUGCCAUCGAAAGUGGACUCAGAGGAGAUGAAAGGUGCUCUCUAGACACAAUGAGACUGGUAGACCUGUUAUUGGUUCUGCUGUUUGAGGGACGUAAAGCUCUGCCUAAGGCUGGAAUCUCCAGCAUCAGUAGUCGACUAUCCGGCCUACGUCGCAGCGAUUCCGCUGGAGACAGAUCUCAUCGUCAGCUGAUCGACUGUAUCCGUAGCAAGGACACCGAUGCACUCAUAGAUGCAAUAGAUAAUGGAUUUGAGGUUAACUUUAUGGACGAUGUGGGGCAGACCCUUUUAAACUGGGCCUCGGCUUUUGGAACACAGGAAAUGGUAGAAUUUCUGUGUGAGCGAGGCGCUGAUGUCAAUCGCGGAUUGAGAUCCUCCUCUCUACACUAUGCGGCCUGCUUUGGUAGACCACAAAUUGUUAAGACUCUAUUAAGAUAUGGUGCUAAUCCUGAUCUCCGAGAUGAAGAUGGAAAAACACCACUGGACAAAGCCCGGGAGCGAGGGGAUGAAGGUCAUCGAGAGGUCAUCUCCAUCCUACAAUCUCCAGGUGAGUGGAUGGUGCAGGUCAAUCGAGACCAGACUCAGCCAGCAAGUCAGGAGAAGAAGGAAGAAGUGGAGAUGGUGGAGGAGGAUUCAAGCGAACCCAAGGGUGACCCCGAGAUUGCCCCCAUCUACGUCAAACAGUUACUUCCUGUCUUCACACACGUGUUCACAAGUACCAUGCUGCCCUCUGUCAGGAAAUCUAGUCUCUCUCUAUUAAAGAAGAUGAUUCACUAUACUAGUGCCCCUCUCUUAUGUGAGAUGUGUAGCCCAGAGCUGGGACCUGUCAACUUUGCUGGUUCCCUUACUGAAGUUCUCACAAAUGUCCUGGAUCAUGAGGAAGAUGACGAAGGCCACCAGGUGGUGCUAUUCAUUAUUCAGGAUCUGAUGAAGAAAGCUCAGGAUAUAUUUCUGGAGCACUUUGCACGACUUGGGAUGUUUGGUCGAGUCCAGGAAAUGGCGGGACCUCAGGAGAGUGAGGCCACAGCCAUCAAGGAGGAAAAGGAGGAUGAAGAGAGUGUUAUUGAGGAUGCUACAGAAAUUCAGCAGGGUCGGCCAUAUCAUUGGAAGGACUGGUGUAUUGUCCGUGGCCGAGACUGUCUGUAUCUCUGGUCAGAUGCUGCGGCAUUGGAGCUCUCUAAUGGAAGUAAUGGCUGGUUCCGCUUCAUCCUGGACAGCAAGCUGGCAACCAUGUACUCUAGUGGUAGUCCCGAGGGAAGCUCGGACAGUUCCGAGAACCGUGGGGAGUUCCUGGAGAAGUUACAGCGAGCUCGAGGACAAAUUAAGCAGGGUGCUGUCAGUCAUCCCAUUUUGUCCCAUGUAGGGUCACAGAGAUUAGUGGUAGGGAACUGGACGCUGACAUGUAAAAAGGAAGGAGAGCUGCACAUCCACAAUUCUGAUGGACAGCAAGUCUGUGAUCAAUCGACAAUCCUGAAGGAGGACCUGGCAGGGUUUAUAUUUGAAUCUAACAGAGGCACAAAGCACUCCUUCACAGCAGAGACCUCACUUGGCCCAGAAUUUGCCACCGGCUGGGGCGGCAAGAAAAACAGGAAAAUGCGUUCAAAGACGGAGGAAAUCAGAUCAAAGGUGAAAACAAUGGCCAGAGAAAUUUAUGAGCAGUACUUCAGGUCUGCAGAAGCCAUGCCCCGUGGUGUGGUGGCUAAAAUACGCAAUAUUGUUCAGCAGUUAGAAGCAGCUUGUGCCAUGCAGAUCAGUCAAGUCAGGAAUGCUGAUGGUGAGGUGACCUGGAUUGAGGACAUGAGGGCAAGCUUGGAUGAACUGGUGUCCUUACUAAGAGAUGAACACACUGUGUCCUCAUAUGAACUUCAGUCCAGCGGUCUAGUGCAGACUCUUCUCAACAUCCUCAACAAUAACAUUGAGGAUUCCACCAGCAAGGACAGCAAGAGGAGAACUAAGGAGAGGAUUGGGAUUUUCCGAUCAGUCUUCCAGGAAAACGAUAGCCUUAAUCCAGCCAUAGCUCUGGUUCGGAAGCUGAUAGCAGUGUUAGAAUCUGUAGAAAAACUGCCAGUCUAUAAUUAUGACUUACCAGGCUCUGGUUAUGGAUUACAGAUUUUGACUCGACGUUUGAGAUUCCGACUCGAGCGAGCACCAGGUGAGUCUGGAUUACUAGAGAGGAGUGGGUGUAACCUGAAGAUGGAGCCACUGACAACUGUAGGCGUGCUGGAGAAAUACUUACUCAAAAUGGUUGCAAAGCAGUGGUAUGACUUUGACAGACAGACUUUUACGUUUGUUAAGAUGCUGAAGGAGAAGAAAGAAGCCCUGUCUUUGAACUACCAGUCAGACUUUGACGAGAACGGUCUCAUUUACUGGAUAGGAUCAAAUGCAAAGUCUGCCAUUGAGUGGGUCAAUCCAGCACAGUAUGGACUGAUAGUUGUGACCUCAUCUGAAGGUCGUAAUCUGCCGUACGGGAAGCUGGAGGAUAUCGUCAGUCGAGAUAGUGCGGCUCUGAAUUGUCAUACCAAUGACGACAAGAAGGCAUGGUUUGCUAUUGACCUAGGGGUGUGGAUUCUGCCCACUCACUACACACUGAGGCAUGCACGGGGAUAUGGAAGAUCUGCUUUGAGGAAUUGGCAGUUCCAAGUCUCUAAAGAUGGCACCACUUGGGUGACCUUGAGGAGCCACAAGGAUGAUACCAGCCUGAAUGAACCAGGAUCCACUGCCACAUGGACUUUGACCCCACCAGAGGAUGAGAAGCAGGGGUGGAGACACAUCAAGAUACAACAGACAGGUCGUAAUGCUAGCGGACAGACCCACUAUCUGUCCGUGUCAGGACUGGAGAUCUAUGGUUCUGUCAAUGGUGUCUGUGAUGAUCUAGGUAAGGCAGCCAGAGAAGCUGAGGCCAGCCUGAGGAGACAGCGAAGAAUCAUCAGAACUCAGGUCCUGAAACAGAUGGUCCCCGGGGCUCGAGUUGUCCGAGGGAUGGACUGGAAAUGGAGAGAUCAGGACGGACCCAAGGCAGGGGAGGGAACUGUUACAGGAGAACUACAUAAUGGUUGGAUUGAUGUGACAUGGGAUUCAGGAGGAUCCAAUUCUUACAGAAUGGGGGCAGAGGGAAAAUAUGAUCUGGCCCUCGCCCCAGGGUAUGACCCAGAAAAACACAGAGCAAUCCCAGUCAAGUCUGACCAAGGGGCAAAGGCCAAAACUGGGAUAGUCACUGCUGACAAGGUGAAGGUGAGUGUGUUGACCAGUCGUAAGAGCAGCUCCACCCCGAGUCUGACAGAGGUGGACGAAAACAAACCGUCUGUCGCCAGCACAGAGCAGGCAGCCUCAGCAGAAUGUCUGACGUCAGCUGUCAAAUCUAUGGCCCAGAAUCUUAGUGACAACCUUGUGAAUCUUGCCACAACUAUGGAAUCCCUGGAGGAAACUAAAAAUAGUAACAACAUCCCAAGUGAACCUCAAGUGGUUGUCCAGGAAUCAGCUAGCCUUAACAACAACAGGACUGGUAGUGUGGAGGGCCAGGAACCAGCACAAUCUGCCUCAGGUGCCGAGGGAGGGAUGACACUGGAACAUCUAAACUCAAAGACUGAUGUGAAGAAAUCAGACGGCCAGACCAGAGGGUCCCCCACAAAUCCCAUGAGUGUCAGUGUCCCUAAUCUGCCAACCAGCAUGGAGCAGACGGUCAGUCUUCUGGAGACCUUCGCAGCUGUUGCUAGGCGUAACUUAGGAACCGUUGGCAUGAACAAUAGGAGUAAUGCACUAAGGCUUGGGAAUCAGAAUGCACCAAACUUGUUCUCUAUUGUAGGUAACAACCUUCUGAGCACCGCUCAAAGCUACCCGAGUCUGACGACCUCCAAUGCUCCUACCUCGAGCACACUCACCACCACACAAACUAUGGCUAAUGUGACAUCACUGAGUCAGGCCUUGACUCGCAGUCUCACUUCCACAUCAAGUGAGAGUGAUGAGUUCCUCGAGACCUGUCGAGCCACCACUUUACUAGGAGAACUAGAUGAUGAUGAAGAAUUACCAGGACCAGAUGAUGAUGAUGAUGAAAAUGAAGAUGAAAAUGAAGAUGAUGAAGUGUAUGAUGAUGUUUUGGAGGAAGAUGACCUGGCAGAAGUCCGCGGGGAGAGGAGGAAGACCUGGGAUGAUGAGUUCGUCCUGAAGCGCCAGUUCUCUGCCCUCAUCCCGGCCUUUGACCCCAGACCAGGCCGAACCAAUGUCAAUCAGUACCAGGACUUUGAAAUUCCAGCUCCUGGUACAGAGCCUGUACAAUCUAGUGACAGUAUGGAUCAGAACAGUCAGCCUAAGAUCGUCCUGUAUAUUAAGGCUCCAUGUCUACCAGGGAUGGAGAACAUUGAAGUUUGCCUUGGGUCAGAGAACAGCUGUAUCUUUAAGUACAUCCAGAAAUUGUUGGUCCACGGCAUGUCAGGGAACAGGAAUGAAAGAAUAAGGAGAAUUUGGGAACCAACUUACACAAUUGUAUACAGAACUUUGAAAGAAGGAGAAACGAGACAAGACCUGGAGAAAAUCACAGACUCGAUGCACUCCCAGACAGGAGCUCAGUCUGACGCCAACACAUACCAGAUCCUGAGUGAAUGGGAUGUUCCUCGUAGUAACGACCCCGCAGCCUGUACAAUUGACCACGUCCUUCAGCUUCUACAAAGACUCUACGCUAUCUCUAUGGAACACAGCCAGAAUAUGCAGCUGAAUGAGAAGAAGGGUGUACAACUGAAUGUUCCUGCAGAGGAAUUUGUCUCCAAAAAGUUGACCAACAAACUUAAUCAACAGACACAGGAUCCUUUGGUUUUGGCCAGUAACGCUCUUCCUGACUGGUGUGAACAGCUGACUACGUCCUGUCCUAUGUUGUUCUCUGUUGAUACAAGACAACUGUACUUCACCUGUACAGCUUUUGGAACCUCUAGAGCAAUAGUUUGGCUACAAGACAAGAGAGACGCCAGUAUAGAGAGAAGUCGUGGCCCUGUGACUAGAAGAGAAGAUGGUGGCGAGUAUAGAAUUGGUCGUCUUAAACAUGAACGAGUGAAGGUUCCAAGGGGAGAUAAUCUGUUAGAGUGGGCCAUCCAGGUGAUGACGUGCCACUCACACAGGAAGUCGAUGCUGGAAAUCGAGUUCCAGGGUGAGGAAGGCACUGGUCUGGGGCCCAGUCUAGAGUUUUAUGCCCUGGUGGCUGCAGAGCUGCAGAAGAAGGAACUCGGAAUGUGGCUUGUGGACGAUGAUUUCCAUGAUAAAAUGGAGAGAGAGAUUGAUCUUGGACAAGGUGUGAAGCCAUCAGGUUACUACAUACAGAGAACGGGGGGUCUCUUCCCCACACCCUUACCCCAGGAUCAUUCUGAAGUGUCCAGGGUAGAAAAACUCUUCCAGUUCUUUGGCACUCUGCUUGCCAAAUGUCUACAGGACAAACGGUUAAUAGAUAUGCCACUCUCUCGCCCAUUCCUCAAACUGAUGUGUAUGGGGGAGGUAGGGCACCACAUUACCCAGCAGUAUACGGAAUCUCUCCACCGGUCCAUGGGGUCAUCCGAGUCUUAUCAUAGUGACCAUAGUGAAUUAAUGACCUCCAGUAUAGAAGAUAAGGAGUUGAUUCUGGACCCUCCCAAGCUCCGACACCAUGACACUCCAGCAUGGUUUGCCGGUAUUCUGACAGAGGAGGAUUUUGAUAUUGUGGAUCCCUAUCGUUCUAAUUUCUUAAAACAGUUGCGUGAGUUGGUGAGUCGUAAACAAAGGAUUCUAAAGGAUCGGAGCCUGACACAGGAUCAGAAAAAUAUUCGGCUUCAGAGGCUUGCAUUACAUGGACAGAAAUAUGAGGGAUGCCGGAUUGAAGAUCUUGGGCUGACUUUCCAGUUCAAUCCUUCAUCAAAGGUCUAUGGAUAUGUGACGUAUGACUUGAAGCCAGAUGGAGAAAAUGUGGAUGUUACCAUGGAGAACGUGGAUGAGUAUGUUGACUUGGUGACAGAUUUCUGUCUGAACAUUGGAAUCAGAAGACAGCUGGAUGCAUUUAGAGAGGGUUUUAAUGAAGUCUUUCCUAUGGAGAAACUCCAUUCCUUCAGUCCUGAUGAACUGGUGACCAAACUCUGUGGGGACCAGUUUCCUAAUUGGACACGGGAUGACAUUCUGAAUUACACUGAGCCAAAACAAGGAUACACGAAAGAAAGUCCUGGAUUCCAGAGAUUUGUGUCAGUCCUGUGUGAACUAAAUGCUGAUGAGAGGAAAGCAUUUGUUCAGUUUGUGACGGGGUGUUCAUCCCUUCCCCCGGGGGGUCUGGCCAAUCUCCACCCACGUCUCUCCGUCGCUCGUAAAAACGAGAAUGAGUCUAGUUAUCCUUCCGUGAACACGUGUUAUCACUAUCUCAAACUGCCAGAGUAUUCCAGCGAGGGAAUCCUCCGAGACAGACUGAUAACUGCUACCCGGGAAAAGCAGUUCCACUUCAACUAAAUGUGAUAUAAACCUUUAAUCCAAGUGUUCAGUUUUUGUUAACUAUAGGCUUAUCUAUACUCAGGCUGCUUUAUAUUUACAGCAUAUAUCCAGGGUAUUAGCUUGGCACUACUGAACAACUUAUCCGUGAAUACUGCCUGUUUUAAAUGUAAUGGUUGAUAAGUGUGAUUGGGGUUUUUGUGAUAGCUUUUUGUACUGUGACGAUACUGUACAUGUUCUGCCUGUUUAGUAAUGUAAUGGUUGACACAGUGUGAUAGAGGGGUUUAUAUGAGGAUGCUAUUCUUUUGUCCAGUGUAUCUUAAUAAUAUGUGUAUGGAUCCCAUGGAUUUAAUACAAUAUGUGAUUAUUUUUAUGUAGGAAAACAUUUCUUGGAAUCUUUGGUAUAAAUAUUUGUAUUAAUUUUUCACAAGAAGUGAAAAACAUUUUGUUUAAAAUGGCUUCUGAAUUUGAUGAUUUCUUCACAAUUUAUUUGUCCUUGGCUCUUUUGCCAAUUAUCUACUGUACAAUGAAACAAGUGCAAUUCACAGUAGCUAACAUCUGUGACAUACUAAUAGAGAGUGUCUAGGAUAGGCCACUACACAAUUUUGUUGUAUAUUGUGUUAAUUAUUGUGUGUGAUGUGUUUUCAGGCUAUAGGCAUGGCCUCGUUACCACUGUCUAAAUCAUGUUUAUAUAUUGUGAUGUGUGGACUUGUUAAUUCUGAUCAGUGAUAUGAUUGUUUUCACUAAAUAUUGGUAUUUAAUUUGUCAUUUUCCUGACUAAUAAAGCAGACAUUUUUGUUAUA